AUCCAGCCCAAGUUCGCCGCGAUGACUGCGCUGCUGGCAGCGGGGUUGCUCCGCGGCAUCCCUGCCUCCGGACCGCCUCGCCGCUGCUCGCCCUGAAGCCCGGGCGCUGCUGGCUGCCACCUUCCUGCUCGCCUUCCCCGCCUUUGGCCAUGGGGAGGUGGAGGAGAAGGGGCUUUGUCCGUCAGUCAACACCGCGAAUGUGAUGGGGAGGAACUGCUUUCAAGGGAGCUGGUUCUAACCUCUUAGUCCUGUGACCCCUUUUGGCUUUCAGAUCGAGCCUGGUGAGAUCCCAACACCGGUCUCCCUAUGGAAGCAGCUGUUUCUAUCUGGCAUUGAGAUCCCAUGGAGAAGCCAAGGAGGGGGAUGGCUCUUCAUAUCCAUGAAGCCUGGAUACUUCUGGUUGUCAUCCCUGCUUUGGUCACUCCAGCUGCCAUCAAUCAUGAAGACUACCCCGCCGACGAAGGGGACCAGACCUCCAGUAAUGACAAUCUGAUCUUUGAUGACUACCGAGGGAAGGGCUGUGUGGAUGACAGUGGCUUUGUGUACAAACUGGGAGAACGUUUUUUCCCGGGACAUUCUAACUGUCCCUGUGUCUGUACUGAGGAUGGACCUGUUUGCGAUCAGCCGGAAUGCCCUAAAAUCCAUCCAAAGUGCACAAAAGUGGAACACAAUGGGUGUUGUCCAGAAUGCAAAGAAGUGAAGAACUUUUGUGAAUAUCAUGGGAAAAAUUACAAAGUCUUGGAGGAAUUUAAGCCCUCGCCAUGCGAAUGGUGUCGCUGCGAGCCCAGCAAUGAAGUUCACUGUGUUGUAGCAGACUGCGCCGUCCCCGAGUGUGUCAACCCGGUCUAUGAACCAGAGCAGUGUUGUCCUGUCUGCAAAAAUGGCCCAAACUGCUUUGCAGGAACCACCAUCAUUCCCGCGGGCAUCGAAGUGAAGGUGGAUGACUGCAACAUCUGCCACUGCCACAACGGGGACUGGUGGAAGCCGGCGCAGUGCUCCAAGCGCGAGUGCCAGGGCAAGCAGGCUCUGUAGCUCCACAACCCCCUCCAGCCACACCAGCGACCACCAAGGAAUUGGCUUCUGU